AUGCCUAAGGGAUGUAACUCUGCUGGCAUGCCUGUGGGAUGUGACUCUGCUGGCAUGCCUGUGGGAUGUAACUCUGCUGGCAUCCCUAAUGGAUGUAACUCUGCUGGCAUGCCUAAGGGAUGUAACUCUGCUGGCAUGCCUGAGGGAUGUAACUCUGCUGGCUUGCCUAAGGGAUGUGACUCUGCUGGCAUGCCUAAGGGAUGUAGCUCUGCUGGCAUGCCUAAGGGAUGUAGCUCUGCCAGCAUGCCUGAGGGAUGUAACUCUGCUGGCAUGCCUAAUGGAUGUAACUCUGCCGGCAUGCCUGAGGGAUGUAGCUCUGCUGGCAUGCCUAAGGGAUGUAGCUCUGCUGGCAUGCCUAAGGGAUGA